UAAAAGUGACGUUUGGUCGACGUGCGCGCUCCAGGGAGGCAGCGCGCGGUCUCCCGGGGCGCGUGCAUGCGUCGCCGGAUCAAACCAUUGAGUUGCAAGGUGUAGGGGGAGCAGAGGCCGGGGACAGAGCCACUGGACGCACACAGGCUGUACGUUUGUGUCUCUGCCUGAACCGAUGAUGACUGACCAGCUGCCGCCACAGCAAGGACAACUAUUGCUCAGCAAGGUCCAACUAGGAGGCGUAACCAAGCAGUCAAAAACCGACAAAGAUAGCCUAAAUGCCAGGGGCCAGUGGGAGAGCAAGGCGGAGUUCCUUCUGGCUGUGGCGGGGCAGAUAGUCGGCCUGGGCAAUGUGUGGAGGUUCCCCUACUUGUGCUACAAAAACGGAGGAGGUGUGUUCUUUAUACCUUACCUUUUGUUCCUGGUGCUGUGUGGUAUCCCCUUGUUCCUCCUGGAGACCUCACUGGGCCAGUACACAAGCCUGGGAGGGGUCAGUGCCUGGAGAUCAGUGUGCCCAUUAUUUGGAGGCCUCGGCUAUGCCAGUCAGGUGAUGAUCCUGCACGGAUGCGUGUACUACAUCGUCAUUCUGGCCUGGGCCCUCUUCUACCUGUCGUACAGCUUUCAAGCGGAGCUGCCCUGGUCGCACUGUAACAACUCGUGGAACACUGAGGCGUGUUUCCUGUUUGACUAUCACAACCAGACAAGCAAUGUGAGCAGCCUGCCAGAGAAUACCACCUCGCCUGUCAUCGAAUUUUGGGAGAGAGAGGUGCUGCACCUGUCCGACAACUUGGACCAGCUUGGCCCAAUUAGUUGGAAGCUCGCGCUGUGUCUCGCUGUUGUCUGGGUCGUCUGUUACUUCUGUGUGUGGAAGGGUGUCAAAUCCACAGGAAAGGUGGUGUACCUCACAGCCACCUUUCCAUAUGUGAUGCUGUUUGUGCUUCUGGUACGUGGUGCCACCCUUCCUGGCGCAGCCCAGGGCAUCAUCUACUACCUCAAACCCAACCACACACGCUUGGCUGACCCAGAGGUAUGGAUGGAUGCAGGUACCCAAAUAUUUUUCUCUUAUGGAAUCUGUUUGGGGAGUCUCACAGCGCUUGGCAGUUACAACAAAUACAACAAUGACUGUUAUAAGGACUCUUUUCUUUUAUGCCUCUUGAACAGCGGCACCAGUUUCAUGGCAGGGUUUGCCAUCUUCUCUGUGCUGGGCUUCAUGGCAGAGGAGCAAGGUGUGGAUAUCGCUACCGUGGCUCAAUCAGGUCCUGGCCUUGCCUUUAUCGCUUUCCCCAGAGCUGUAGCAAUGAUGCCUCUUCCGCAACUCUGGGCCAUCUGCUUUUUCCUCAUGAUCAUCAUGCUGGGCCUGGACACCCAAUUUGUGAGUCUGGAGGCGCUGAUGACGUCCGUGACCGACUUGUACCCCCAUCUGAUAAGACGUGGACACCGGCGGGAGCUGCUGCUGCUGUUUGUCUGCGUUGUCUGCUUCCUAAUUGGGCUGGUCAUGGUCACGCCGGGUGGUCUGUACGUGUUCCAGAUAUAUGAUCAUUUCUCCUGCAGUGGAGCCAGCUUGCUGCUUCUCUCCAUCUUCCAGUCUAUUGCAGUUGGCUGGGUUUAUGGGGCUGAACGCUUCAGUUCAAACAUCAAGGACAUGACGGGCCACAACCCCUUGUUUGUCUUCAAGCUGUGCUGGAAAUACCUGACACCAGCCGUGUGCACUGCUACCUUCCUCUUCUCCCUGGUGUGUUGGUCUCCGUUGAGCCUCGGGAAAGGCCUUGUUGCUCCGGGUUGGGCCACAGGACUCGGCUGGCUCCUCACCUUCUCCUCCGUGUCUCUGCUCCCCAUCUGGGCCAUCUAUGCAUUCGCCAUGACGCCCGGCACCAUCACACAGCGCUUUCACCGCCUGUGCAACCCCACCAUAAACUCGCCACAGGCAUUCCAACAUUUCGCCAACAGCGCAACCGCCUACCAGCCUGCGCUUUACCUUGCAGAGACGCCAAAGGAACCGAUCAGCGACAUCGUCCAGGAUAAAAGAGGGUAGAUCCUUCAGCACUGUGUCCAAAGAGCUUGACAAUUAGUUUUGGUUGGAAUUAUUCAAUCAUUACUGUUUGCAUUCCCGUUGUUACUAAUUAGGGUACCAAAAUAACCAGUACUUGAGGGUAUGCUCUUGUUAAUGUGCAAGACACACUGCUGUCUGUUAAUUUAACCACAGACAAUCAUUACUUCUGUGGGAAACAACAACAAAAAAUUUACCUUUUAACAAAUAUCAUGGAUAAGAUAAGAGCAGGGGUCCCCAAACUACAGCCCGUAUCCGACCCACCAGCGUCCACAAUCUGGCCCAUUUGAUGUCCCUAAUUAAAAAAAUGAAAAAAAAAAGUAUAUACAUAUAUGUACUUAUAUAUAUACAUAUAU